AUGACUGGAGUGAACUGUAUGGAUCCGGAGGAGCGGUUGAUGAUCGAUCUAUUCAGGGGAUAUAACUCAUAUUUGCUGCCAAUUCGCAACUUCACCGAUUUGCCAGUGCAAGUGAAAAUCGCCAUGCAACUCGUAUUGCUCGUCAAUGUGGACGAGUUGAAUCAGCGAAUGCACACGAAUGUUUGGUUGACAAUGCGUUGGCGAGACUAUCAGCUGACAUGGAAUCCAGAUGAUUACGAUGGGAUUACUUCAUUACGAGUACAACCGGAAAAGAUUUGGUUGCCCGAUAUCGUACUCUUCAAUAACGCUGAUGGGAACUAUGAGGUCUCUUUCAUGUGCAACGCUGUCAUUCAUUAUAAUGGUCAAGUGCAAUGGGUUCCACCAGCUAUUUAUCAAUCCUCAUGCAUUAUGGAUGUCGAAUUUUUCCCCUUUGACUAUCAAGUGUGCAAUUUGAUCUUUGGAAGUUGGACGUACAGUCGCGAAGAGGUUCGACUCGACUUCGAGCACUCCGAUUAUGUUGAUGUUUCAGAGUACACCGAGUCGACGAUCUGGGAUUUGGUGGAUGCUCCGGCGGUGCUCGUCGAGGAUCGGAGUCGAAUCGAGUUUCAAAUCAAAAUCAGACGUAAACCCCUUUUCUACACGGUGGUGCUCAUUCUGCCGACGAUUCUGAUGGCUUUCCUCAAUGUCACCGUUUUCUAUCUACCAACCGCUUCAGGCGAAAAAAUGGGUCUAACGAUGAACGUGUUGCUGUCAAUUGUUGUGUUCUUGUUGCUCGUCUCGAAACGACUCCCACCCACAUCGAAUUCGAUUCCCCUAGUGGCAAAAUAUCUUUUGCUGACCUUUUUGCUCAAUGUGAUCACCAUUGUGAUCACUGUCGUCAUUUGUAAUAUCUAUUUUCGAUCUCCGCUCACCCAUCGUUUACCCCCAUGGGUGCGAACAGUGUUUCUCAAGUGGCUUCCCAGCAUUCUCUGCAUGAAGCGACCACCACUCGAUCAAAAGCAUUUGAAACGUCCAAUGAUCCCUCCACGACAUCCCGGUCCACCACUUCUCCCGCAACAUCAUCAUCCUUUCUGCAAAAUCCCUGAGAAUCCCGAGGAUAGCGAUGAGGGUCCGUCGAUCCGUUUAUGUCCGUAUGAGCCAGACGAAGAGCUCUCCCCGGAUGCACAGCGAACAGUUGAUGCUAUCGAUUUUAUCACAGAGGGGAUGCGAGAUGAUGAAUUAACAAAGAAUUAUCGAGACGAUUGGCAAUACGUUUCGAUGGUGGUCGAUCGUUUCUUUCUCUACACAUUUUUGGGCAUCACUAUUGGCGGUACAGUGGGCAUCAUUUUCUCGGCACCCGACAUUUUCACCCCGGUCGACCAGAAAGAAAAGCUAGCCGUGUUGCGCGAAUUGAUGAAAUGCAGUUGGGUGAUUGCUGGCUUUUUGGUUGUGAUCUUAUCGGAAAAGUCGGCGAUUCAUGCACAAGAUGUACAAAUUGAACAGGCCUCGACUCCUCUAGUAAUCAUCUCAAUCUCGACUCCAGCCUCAAUCCCAAUCACAUCUCCAUCAAAUCCAUCAAUCAACAUUCUCCCAAUCACCUCUUCAUCCCCAAUUCCUAGUCAAACUACAAGAUCGGGCAAAAAGAAGCGCAAUCGAAAGACCCCAGUGCCACGGCCAGCACUUCCAUUUUUCCUUCAAUUGGCCAACGACACACAGCGCAAAGAAUACGUCGACUUAGAAACGAAUCCCAAUGUUGAAAAGGGGAUCAAGAGUAAAGCUUUACAAGCAUGGGCCACACGGUGUGGAUCAAAUGUGACGAUUGCCUAUCAAGCUUUUCUCGCCGAUCAGACGCUAAUUCAAGAGAAACGACAACAACAACUUGAUGCGAUUGUAUCGAAACUUUCAGCGUCGGCUCAAGCAAUCCACGAGAAGAUCAACACCGUCGUCGACAAUGACAACAUUUCGUCUGCAAAAGAAAAUCAACAGUUAGCGAAAAUCAAGAAGAAGGCCGAUCCGUCGGUGUGGAACGAGUUGGAGACAGCCGUUGGAUUGAAU